ACUUUCAGCAGCUUCCUGUCACUUUCGCUCUUUCCAUAGAUAUCGAAUCGAGCCGAUCGAGAGAGUCGAUCCUCCCGACGGGUCGACAUGGAGGAGAUCGAGAGCCGGCUCCUGCGCCUCUGCAUCGAAUCCGCUUGCCGGAGCGGCGACGCCGUCGAGAAGUGGCGGAUGCAGCGGCGGACCCUCGAGCGGCUGCCCUCCCCGCUCGCCGACGCCCUCCUCCGCCGCCUCCUGCAGCGCCGCCUUCUCUCGCCGUCGUUGCUCGAGGUAUUCAAAAGCUGUGUCGAGGAGGUUGAUUUAAGAGGGGAGAUCUCUGUGGAUGCAGAAUGGAUGGCAUACUUGGGAGGAUUCCGUUACUUGCGCUGUUUGAAUGUUGCAGAUUGCCAUAGAAUUACCAGUUCUGCUCUUUGGGCCAUUUCAGGAAUGGCUAAUUUGAAGGAGGUGGACCUCUCCAGAUGUGUGAAGGUCACCGAUGCUGGCAUUCGGCAUCUUCUGUCUAUAUCCACUCUGGAAAAGCUGAGGAUCUCAGAAACUGGUGUCACGGCAGAUGGUAUCGCACUUUUGGCUUCCCUUUCAAACUUGUCAACGUUGGACUUGGGUGGCUUGCCUGUCAAUGACAAGGCUUUGAAUUCGCUUCAGGUACUGACCAAACUCCAGCAUCUUGAUCUCUGGGGAAGCGACUUAUCAGACAAUGGUGUCAUUCUUCUUGAAAAAUUCCCUAAAUUGAGUUUCCUGAGUUUGGCGUGGACCAAGGUGACGACAUUGCCAAACCUGUCCUCUCUUGAAUGCCUUAACAUGAGUAACUGCACAAUUAAAUCCAUCCUUGGAGGAACUGGUGAUAAAGCCCCUCUAGUAAAGCUCCAAAUUGCUGGAGCUACAUUGCCAAAUGAGGCCGAAGCCUUCAUGCAUCUUGAACCAAGCUUCUUGACCUUUCUAGAUGCUUCUCAGACUCGGAUUCCCAGAUUUUACUUCCUAUCUUCCAUGAAAUCACUGGAGUGGUUGGACCUCAGUUCUAGUGGAAUUGGAGAUGAUUCAGUUGAACUAAUUGCUCAGAUAGGAGGCAACCUGAGGAAUUUGAAUCUCAACAACACAGGAGUGACUUCUUCCGGUGUGGGUAUCCUGGCAGGAUUUGUUCCAAAUCUUGAGAUUUUCUCACUUUCUCAUACAUCAGUUGAUGAUAUUGCUAUUGCCUAUAUCAGCGUGAUACCUAAAUUGAGGGCUAUUGACUUAAGCCACACAAGGGUUAAAGGUUUCAUCAACUACGGAAAUGCUGAACCAGAUAAGGUUUAUUCUUUGACGGCUCUGCAAAGUCUUCGUUUAGAAAGGUUAAAUUUGGAGCAGAUCCAUGUCCAGGAUGAUGCUCUGUGCUCUUUACUGGACUUUCCAGAGUUGAGGCACUUGUUCCUUCAAAGUGCCUACCUUACCGACUUGUCCCUUCACCACUGGUCAUCCCUCCGUUGCCUAAAAACCCUCGGCUUUCGUGAUGCCGUGCUGACAAAUAACGGGCUUGAUUCAUUCAAACCUCCGGCAUCACUGGAACUGUUGGAUCUGAGGGGUUGCUGGCUUUUAACCGAGGAUGCCAUAUUGCUAUUUCAUAGAAAACAUCCGCAGCUCGAGUUGAAGCAUGAACUUAUUCAUAUCUCAGCUUCAGACCAUCCCCCCUCUAAUUUUCCAUCUAAAUCACAGUUUAAUAGAAGAACUCCUCCAGUGAAUAUUAAUUCGGAAAAGCUGUGCUUGUCCCCAACCUUUGUUGAUCAAAGGUUGAAAUAUAACAGAGAAGAGUUACUAGCAUUGCGGUACUCAUCUCUAUCUCUCCCACUGAAUCAUAGAGACGGGGCAAUUUUCAAGCUGCCGAUGGAUUGAAGCCUAGAUCGUCACCCUCGACUGCUGUCAUUCCUUCACGAAAUCGUAGAAACAUCUUCAGUAACAGAGAUGAAAUCGACAAAAUUCCAGGGUCCCCAUUUGCUCGAAGUGUCUAUGCGUGUAAUUUUGGCCUUUGUGAUUUGAUACCGAGUAAAAAACAAGAGGAGAAAGAUCAAUGGUUCCCCCAGCGUUUCGGCAAUGAAAAGUUAAGAAUGCCGAAUGGCAUGGUCAUUCUAAUUGUGCUCGUUCGUUUAUUUAUUUAUUUGUUUGCUUUCGCUAUAGCUUAUUUGGAUUAUUGAUGCCGCUUCCUCUUCUAGGGAAGCACCAACUUUCAGACAGAUUUACCGUUCAUUUUUUUGCUUAAAGACAGAUUUACUUAAUUAGCUGUUGUUACUGGAUUAACCCUGAAAGAGAGCUAUGCAAGAUUAUGACA